GACUCUUAUUGUAACGAGCCCCCCCACUCCCCUCCCCCCAGCACCUGCAAGAGCAGCUGGAUCUGGACCUGUCCCCCUUGGAGUACAUGCUCCGCUGUUACCCAGACAUCAAGGAGAAGGAGGAGAUGCGCAAGAUCAUCGGCCGCUACGGGCUGACCGGCAAGCAGCAGGUGCGCCCCAUCCGCAACCUGUCGGACGGUCAGAAGUGCCGCGUCUGCUUUGCCUGGCUGGCCUGGCAGAACCCCCACAUGCUCUUCCUGGACGAGCCCACCAACCACCUGGACAUCGAGACCAUCGACGCCCUGGCCGACGCCAUCAACGACUUCGAGGGGGGCAUGAUGCUGGUCAGCCACGACUUCCGGCUCAUCCAGCAGGUGGCCCAGGAGAUCUGGGUCUGUGAGAAGAAGACCAUCACCAAGUGGCCGGGCGACAUCCUUUCCUACAAGGAGCAUCUCAAGGCCAAGCUGGUGGACGAAGAGCCGCAGCUCCCCAAGAAGACGCACAACCUCUGAGCCCCCCCCCCCCCCCUGUGGGGGGGGGGUUGAUGGAGGGGAGGGAGGGGCAGCCCCUCCUCCCU